AUGACUACAACUUUCAUGGAAACAUCAAAAAAUUACACAUUAGUGAUAUCACAAGCAUGGCACCUCGAGAGAUUACGAAAUGGUGCGAAGAUUCCUGAUAAUGAUUUUACGCCGCUCGAGCCGCAGCGCCUCACUCUGAACGAAGCAGCAGAAAUAAGAGGUUGUCACGCACUGGAGGGUAAGUCAUUGCAUACGUAUGUACACUUGUACGCACAAAUGAGGACUUCCUUGCUCUUCAGAUUUAUGACUUACUUGGCCUGCACACUCGCUCUGUCACCACAGGAAAGUCCUGGCGAACUACGUAACGGUCAGUUCGUAACUAUGCUAGAGCUGAGGAGGUUAAAUCGCCCAUCAUCAUCCCAGAGUAUAUACCACAAUGUGAAGAUAGUGCUGGACCAACAAGAGCCUCUUCCGACCCUACAUCAGUGGGUUCUCACGAUUGAUAUGGGAAAUGGUACACAAACUGAAUAUAAAGUGCAGGCCGAAGACGCCUACCAGAAAGAGGUGGAAUUUGAAGCAGAUAUAACUUACGGUAGAUACGUGCACAUCAGAGGCAAAAACUCGCAAGACGAUACCCUUAUCCACAGCUAUUCUGAGCUAAAUAGAUUUUUCUUAAGUAGCCGCGUUGCUAGAGUCGGGACCGAGUACAACGAGAAAGUGUCCUCACUGAGGGUGUGGCCUGGCGCCAUGACUGAAGACGUGACUGUUGGGCAAUACCAGUGUCAGAGGAAUGGAGUUCCCUGCUAUUACCUUUCCACCACACUGCCACUAGACAUCCCUCGCUGUGUCAUCAACUACAACAAUGUGAAACAAUGCGACGAUUUCAUUACAGACUUUCAAAAACUCUCUGGAAGUCCAGAACUGAACAUUACACCGGACGGUUUGCUGACAAUUGAAGGCAUCGUGGAGAGCAGCCCUGUCAGGAUGGAGGCUGUGGUUUUUGAUCCACAAAACCACACCAAGAUUUUUUCUCCACAAAACUUUGAGUGCCAGCUGGAGGUGAAGCAGGGGGUAAUGAAAUGUGAACAGAAACUUAAAGACAUUGGCAAUCAGCAAAAAUUUAUGGUUCUUCUGGUGUCUCUUAAUCAAGAAGGUUAUGUUUUACGAUCAGCAAUGAAAUCGAUUGGAGAUGAUCCCGGGGUCUCGUCUGCCUCCACUGGCGUCAUCGUGGGAUCAGUCGUCGGCGCUGUGUUUGGUGUGGCUCUCCUGGCUGGUGUUGCUGUUUUACUCAUAAAGAAGAGGAAGAAGCGGAGUAGUAGCAUGACUAACCCAGCCAAAGAUAACGGUGCAUCUUCUGCAAGAUACGAUGCUGUCUCCGUCCGUGGUCACUCGUCACAACCGAUGGAUGCCUGAGUUCUCUCCGUCCCUCCUGUGUUGUUUCUUACCUAGUUAUAGAAUGCUGUGCUUAAGUUGAACUGCAUAAUUAUUAAGUAAUUCAAGUAUAGUACGUCUCUUUCUCUUUUGUAUAUUUAUGUCUAGUAUGUAUCUCAGAAGGUUAUGGUUGUCAUGUGAAUUUUAUUGAUAAAUUCUUGGUUAAAAUGU